AUGGAGAGCGCAGCACCAGCACCAGCACCGACGGGGCACCGGCGGACCAGCGACGAGAGCACUGGCUCGGAUCCGGCCGAUCAGCGGCGCCAGGCGAACGCACGGGAGCGCUUCCGAACGCACAGUGUCAACUCGGCCUUCAACAGUCUGCGGCAACUGAUACCGACGGAACCGAUCAACCGGAAGCUGUCCAAGAUCGAGACGCUGCGGCUGGCCAAAAGCUACAUCUCGCACCUGCUAGCGGUGCUCGUGACCGGCACGAACCAGCGACCGUGCGUCGAGGCACACGCGCUCCAGCAGCAGCCACCGGAAGCGGCACGAGCGAUGGACGAGGAAGGGUACGAUGAUCCGGCGGAGGGAAGCGAGAUCGCUCGUUCCUCACACGGUACCGGGUCGUACCGCAAACCGAUCUGUACCUUCUGUGUUUCGUUCGAGAAGUGCUAG